AUGAAGCUGUGGUUUCUUGCGCUCUGGGUUACCUUGGUUAAGGCCUGGGUGGUCAAUGAAGGUACAACAUGUACUUUGUAUCCUGAAUCAUUGGUCCACAAGGGGCAAGCUGUGGAUGAUUCUCCAUCCAUCCAGCAAGCCUUUGAUAUGUGUGGCACGAACGGAACAGUCAUUUUCUCCAAAAAUGUCUUCAACGUGAACACCGUCCUGAACACAACCAAUCUGCUGAAUUGUGAUGUUCAUCUCCGUGGUGAACUUCGCUUCUCUACCAACCUCCCAUACUGGAGAACCCACUCUAUCAGUGUUGUUCUGCAGGAUCAAGUCACUGCUUGGCUGUUUGGAGGUACAAACGUGAACUUCUAUGGCGAGGGCGGCUUCUACAACGGCCAGGGUCAAGCUUGGUACAACGCCAACAGAAAUGAGUCCAACCAGCCAGGACGACCCAUGAGUAUCACAUUCUACAACUCGACCAACCUACUUGUUGAUGGAUUGAGAAUCAUUCAACCUCAGUUCUGGGCCACAUUUGUCUGGGAAAGCAAAAAUGUUUCCGUUACCAACUUGUUCGUCAAUGCGACCAGCAACAGCAAAUGGGGCACAAUGAACACCGAUGGCUACGAUUCUUGGAAGAGUGACUCUCUGCUCGUGGAGAAUGCCACGAUCAUCAAUGGUGACGACUGUAUCGCCGCCAAAGGAAAUACCACCAAUCUGCUCGCCAGGAACAUUUAUUGCGAAGGCGGCACUGGAAUCACCAUUGGAUCUAUCGGCCAAUACCCAGAAACGCCCGACUACAACCUGAACACUACAUUCGAAAACGUGAUUAUCAAAAACUCCAUGGACGGCGCCUACAUCAAGACCUGGCAAGGAACUCGGAUCUACACGCCCAGCAAUGGCGACUGGGGUGGCGGUGGAACCGGCCUCGUCAAGAACGUCACCUUCCGCAACUUCGAGAUGAUCAACGUGGGACUUCCUAUUCAGAUGUCGCAAUGUGUUUACUCGGCCGAUUCUAAUAAGGGCUGCAACACAUCGACUUUGCAAAUUGAGGAUGUAAAGUGGCAAAACAUCCAUGGUACUUCGCGGUUUAACAUUGCUUCGUCCAUUUACUGUUCUGACGAGCGCCCCUGCCCCAACAUCACCUUUGAUAAUGUGAACAUCACGAGCGUGAACGCUAGUCUGGGUCUGCCUUACUAUAACACCGAUAUCAAGCACGAGUUGUUCCAGUGCACAAACCUUCUUGGGCAGAAGAAUUCUGGAAUUCCCUGUAACCAGGCCGCUCCGAGUAACUUCAGUCAGUGGAUUUAUGGGAACGUUGACAGCUCGGGUCUUGCGACACUGACUUGA